AUGGCUUCGAUUCGAGGUCAUGAGGUCGUGCAUAGCGAUGAUGGCAAGUACCAUAUACGACUGGGAAACGCCAUCACGGAGCCCAAGACCAAGAUACGAGGAUCUUCCGUUGCGGUGUUCCACGGAACCAUGUUGAAGCUCAAGGUCGAAGCAACUAACUCUGCAACUGACGGGCGGUAUAGGAUGGUGUACCGACCAUCUGUCUCGCCGCCGAGCGGGUCAGACUCCAGCAGUGUCCUCAACGAGCAGUUGCCAGCGCAUGGUGUUCCCGAUCAUACUAUCGAGCAACAGGACGUCGUUGCGCCUGUCUACGAAGAAGGCGAGGAGAUUAUCGUCAAGAUCUUCACGGUCGGCCACUCGAGUUGGAGUCGCGCGAAUGUUGAGAUCGCAUCCCUCAAGUGCCUCACACAACACCAAUGCCAGCAUGCGCCUACAUAUCUAGGCGACUUCGAUAACAGACGUGCCGGUCCCAGGGGCGAAGUCGUACGCUAUGUGCUCAUGUCGAAGCUGCCGGGCUACGCUCUGGCCGACAGCGAAGACUGGAAAGAUGAGGGUACGGAAGGAAAAGUGAGAAGCGCUUUCGCAACGGCGAUCGACGCCGUGCAUUCUUGUUGCGUUGACAACGACUCCCACAUGGGUCGCAACGUCCUCUGGAGCGAAGAAGAGGAAAAGGGUUACAUUGUCGAUUUCGAACGCGCGAUCUUCUAUACUUCGUCGUCUAAGAUCCCUGCGGUCUACUCGGAUUUCGACUGGUGGAACAUCGACAACUGA